UUAUGACCUAAUGGUUGUAUGUGGUCCUACAGGUAUGGAUCUCUGGCAGCUGCUGUUGACCGUGGCACUAGCAGGGUCAAGUGAUGCUUUUUCUGGGAGUGAGGCCACACCAGCUACCCUUGGCAGAGCAUCCGAGAGUCUGCAAAGAGUUCAUCCAGGCCUGGGGACAAAUUCUUCUGGGAAGCCCAAAUUCACCAAGUGCCGUUCACCUGAACUAGAGACUUUUUCAUGCCACUGGACAGAUGGGGUUCAUCAUGGUUUAAAGAGCCCAGGAUCUGUGCAGCUGUUCUAUAUUAGGAGGAACACUCAAGAAUGGACUCAAGAAUGGAAAGAAUGCCCUGACUAUGUUUCUGCUGGGGAGAACAGCUGUUACUUUAAUUCAUCCUAUACCUCCAUUUGGAUCCCCUACUGUAUCAAGCUAACUAACAAUGGUGGUAUGGUGGAUCAAAAGUGUUUCUCUGUUGAGGAAAUAGUGCAACCAGAUCCACCCAUUGGCCUCAACUGGACUUUACUGAAUGUUAGCUUAACCGGGAUUCAUGCAGAUAUUCAAGUGCGAUGGGAACCACCACCCAAUGCAGAUGUUCAGAAGGGAUGGAUAGUCUUGGAGUAUGAACUUCAAUACAAAGAAGUCAAUGAAACUCAAUGGAAAAUGAUGGACCCUGUAUUGUCGACAUCAGUUCCUGUGUACUCGUUAAGACUGGACAAAGAAUAUGAAGUGCGUGUGAGAUCCAGACAGCGAAGCUCUGAAAAAUAUGGCGAGUUCAGUGAGGUGCUCUAUGUAACCCUUCCUCAAAUGAGCCCAUUCACAUGUGAAGAAGAUUUCCGGUUUCCAUGGUUCUUAAUUAUUAUCUUUGGAAUAUUUGGACUAACAGUGAUGCUAUUCGUAUUCAUAUUUUCUAAACAGCAAAGGGCACCUGGCUAUUAAAACAAAUGUUAAUGGAUCUAAAAGAAGACAUAGACCCUCUUACAAUAGUAACGGAGGACUUCAAUACCCCAUUUUCAGCAAUGGACAGAUCAACCACACAGAAUAUCAGCAAGGAAACAAUUAAUCGACACUGUAGUCCAAGUGGAAGAAACGGAUAUCUGCAGAACUUUUGAUCCUACACUUUCAGAAUACACAUUCUUCUCACCAGUUCAUGGAACUUUCUCUAGGAUUGAUCACAUGCUAGGCCAUAAAGCAAGUCUCAGCAGAUGCAAAAAAAUCUAAAUCAUACCAUGCAUCUUCUGUGACCACAAUGGAAUGAAGUUGGAUUUCAAAAAUUCAAGAAUCUCUAGAACAUAUGUAAACACAUGGAAACUGAAAAACAUACUCCUAAAUGAACCAUGGAUCAUUGAGGAAAUCAAAAGAGACAUUUAAAAAUUCCUGUAAAUGAAUGAAGAUGACAAUACAGUAUAUCAAAACUUAUGGGAAACAGCAAAAGCAGUGUUAAGAAGAAACUUCAUAGCAGUUGGUGCCAACAGCAAGCAAUUGGAAAGACACCAAAAAAUGAACUAUUGAUGCAUUUCAAGGACCAAGAAAAACAUAGUAAAUCAAACCAAAAAUUAGUAGGAGAAAAGAAAUAAUUAAAAUUAGAAAAGAAAUAAUCAAAUUGAAACCAGAUAAAUACAAAAAAUAAGUGAAAGGAAGAGCUGGGUUUUUUUUUUUUUUGAGAAAAUAAACAAAAUUGACACACCAUUGGCCCAAUUAACCCAAAAAAAAAAAAAAAAAAGAGGGAGAAGACCCAAAUAAAAAAAAAUCAGAGAUGAAAAAAGAAAUGUAAAAAGAGAGACCACAUAAAUAAAAAGAAUCAUCAGAAAUUACUACAAAGAGCUGUAUAUAAGAAAUCAGGAAACCUAGAAGAAAUAGAUUGAUUCCUGAACACAUAGAACCUACGUCAAUUGAGCCAGGAAAAUGUAGAAAACCUAAAGAGACCAAUAACCGUGAUGGAAGCUAAACCAGUAAUAAACACCCUCCCAACAAAGAAAAGCCAAGGACUGGAUGACUUCACUCUGAAUUCUACCAGACCUUUAAAAAGGACUAACUCAAAUUAUUCUCAAGCUGUUCAAAACAAUUGAAAGGGAGGGAAUCCUCCCAAACUCCUUCUAUGAAGCCAGCAUCACUUUAAUUCCUAAACCUGAAAAAGUUACAGCAGAGAAAUGGAAUUAUAGACCAAUUUCCCUGAUGAACAUAGAUGUAAAAAUCCUAAAAAAAUUCUAGCCAACCAAAUCCAACCACACAUCUGAAAGAUCAUUCACCUGGACCAAGUGGGAUUUUAAUCUCUGGUAUGCAGAGAUGGUUCAACAUUCCCAAAUCAAUGUGAUACAUCACAUUAACAAACUGAAGAACAAAAACCAUAGAAUUAUCUCAAUAGAUGCAAAGAAAGCAUUCAAGAAAAUAUAACAUCUUUUCAUGAUAAAAACUUUAAAAAAAUUGUGUUACUGAAGGAACAUUCCUCAACACAAUCAAGGCAAUUUAUGACAAACUUAUUUAAUAGAGAAAAGUUGGAAGCAUCAUUCCCAAUAAGAUCUGGAACUAGACAAGGAUGCCCACUCUCACCAUUGCUAUUCAAUAUAGUCCUGGAAGUUUUAACCCAGAGCCAUUAGGCAAGAAAAAGAAAUCAAGGGAUACAAAUUGGGAAGGAGGAUGUCAAACUCUCUCUAUUUGCAGAUGACAUGAUUCUAAGACUCCGUUAAGAAGCUACCGGAACUCAUGAGUUUGGUGAAGUGGCAGGAUAUGAAGUCAACACACAACAAGCAAUAGCCUUUGUAUACACAGACAAUGCCGCAGUUGAGAAAGAAUUUCAGAGACCAAUCCCAUUCACAAUAGCUGAAGAAAAAAAGGACAUCAAAGAUCUCUAUGAUGAGAAUUAAAAUCAUAAAGAAAGAAAUAGAAGAAAACACAAAAAAUGGAAAAAUCUUCCAUGUUCAUGGACUUCAAGAAUCAAUAUCAUCAAAAUGUCCAUACCACUGAAAGGAAUUUGUGGAGUCAAUGCAAUACCAUUCAAAAUACCAAGGUCAUUCUUCUCAGAUAUAGAAAAAAUGAUGCUGAAAUUCAUAUGGAAACCUGGGACCCUGAAUAGCUAAAGCAAUCUUAUACAACAAAAUCAAAGCUGUAGACAUCACAAUAUCAGAUUUCAAGACAUACUGCAGGGCAAUUAUAAUCAAAGCAGCCUGAUACUAGCACAAAAACAAAUAGAAAGAGCAAUGGAACAGAAUAGAAACUCCAGAAAUCAACCCAUGCAUCUAUAACCAAUUAUCUUUGACAAAGGAGCUAAAACCAAUCCCUGUGCAAGGACAGUUUCUUCAACAGAUGGUGCUGGGAAAACUGGAUCUCCACAUACAUAAGACCCCUACCAUACAUCUUACACAAAAAUCCACUAACAAUAGAUCAGAGACCUAAAUCUAUGAUCUAAUACGGUCUAAUUAUUAGAUUACUUUGGGGAAACCCUGAAAGACAUUGGCAUAGGCAAAGAGUUCUUAGAAAAGACCCCAGAGGCACAGGCAAUCAAAACCAAAAUUAACAUAUGGGAUUACAUCAAAUUGAAAAGCUUCUGCACUGAAAAAGAAACACUAGGCAAAGUGAAGAGGCAACUGACAGAAUGGGAGAAAUGAUUUGCAAAUUAUGCAACUGAUAAAAGAUUAAUAUCCACAAUAUAUAAAGAGAUCAAGAAACUCCACAACAACAAAAUAAACAACCCAGUUAAAGAAAUAUGCAAAGGACUUAAACAGACAUUUUUCAAAAGAAGAAAUCCAAAUGGCCAACAGAUACAUGAAAAAAUGCUCAGGAUCACUAGCCAUCAGGAAAUGCAAAUCAAAUCCACAAUGAACUUCCACUUCACCCCUGUUAGAAUGGCUUUCAUACAGAAAUCAACAAACAACAAAUGCUGGCAAGAUUAUAGGAUAAAAGUGCCCUAAUUCACUGUUGGUUGGAAUGUAAACUUGUACAACCACUGUGGAAGACAGUAUGGAGAUACCUCAGAAAUCUGAAUAUAGAUCUACCAUAUGACCCAGUCAUCUCACUCCUGGGAAUUUACCCAAAGGAAAUGAAAUCAGCAUAAGAAAGAGUUAUCUGUACCCCCAUGUUUAUUGCAGCUCAAUUCACAAUAGCUAAGAUAUGGAAUCAACCCAAUGCCCAUCAACUGAAGACUGGAUAAAGAAAUGAUGGAAUAUGUACACCGUAGAAUACUACACAGGACUGAAAAAUAAAAUAAAAUCCUAUAAUUGCAACAAAAUGGAUCCAACUGACAAACAUUAUGCUUAGUGAAAUAAAGCAGCCCCAUAAGGAAAAAUACCAUAUGUUCUCCCAAAUCUGUGAAAACUAAUAGAGCACUUAAUACUUAAUCUAUAGAAGUGAAAUUGUCACUUUGAGAUGCAAUGACCUUGAACAUCCCUUGUCUUGACUGUGAGGAACAGUUAAUUGAAAAUAAAUCUUAGUAUAAAUUAAGAAAUGGAAUAGGAGAAGGAGAAGAAAUAAGUGCGGGAAUGUGGGUGGCAGGACAGGUAGGAUGGGAAAAAUCACUGCGUUGCUAAAGUUAUAUUUAUGAAAUGCAUGAAGUUGUAUACCUUAAAAGGUUUCUGGGUAAAAAAAAAAAAAUAAAAGUCAGAGUAUGUAUUUAAGUAAUCCCAACAACAAAAAUCCAAACUAUUCUGUUGAUUAUGAUCUGUACAGUAGGUGGGCUGACUUCUAUGUACGUAACUGAUUUAUAAUAGAUAUUGAUAAACUCACUAUUUUUAAUCAUUUUUCUCAACAUUCUUAUUUUGAGUUACCAAAUAAAUUUGCUAUGAUGCUUAAUUAUAUUAGCUAACAAUAUUUAGAAGAAAAAACCAUCCCCUAAAAGAUAGGAUUUUAAAUAAAAUGUAUUAAUGUUUGUCUAAAAGACUAUUUUCUCUGAAAAUUGUUGUCCUAAACUAUGACACUUGAUUAAAAUCACCAAAAUGUAAGAUUGAUUUGAGCCGGCACUGCGGCUCACUAGGCUAAUCCUCUGCCUUGCGGCGCCAGCACAGCGGGUUCUAGUCCCAGUCGGGGCGCUGGAUUCUGUCCCGGUUGCCCCUCUUCCAGGCCAGCUCUCUGCUGUGGCCCGGGAAGGCAGUGCAGGAUGGCCCAAGUCCUUGGGCCUUGCACCCCAUGGGAGACCAGGAGAAGCACCUAGCUCCUGCCUUCGUACCAGCGCAUUGCGCCGGCCGCAGCAUGCCAGCCGCAGCGGCCAUUGGAGGGUGAACCAACGGCAAAAGGAAGACCUUUCUCUCUGUCUCUCUCUCUCUCACUGUCCACUCUGCCUGUCCAAAAAAAAAAAAAAAAAAAGAUUGAUUUGAAACCUUUAUUCUACUUCCAAAUUUCUCAUUCUAAAUUGACUUUUUUGUAGGCAAGAAUUCAUUUUUUAAAAUCUUCCUAUACAAACUUUGUAAUUCUCUAAAUUUGCAAGUUCUAAUGUAAGUAGGAAAUGAUAUAAAAUAUUUGGUAGCAAAAAGAACAUGUAGUUCCAAGAAAUAAAAUGAUGUUCCAAAGGAUGAGAUGCUUAUGCCAGUCUUCCCCAGAAACCCAGGAUUAUAGAGGGGUUCAGUUCCUACAUGUCUUUGAAAUUUUGAAUCCAGAAUUCAUUAUCCAAGCUACUUCAUACUGACUUAAUCCACAUAAUUAACAGUCAACUCUAGAAAAAUGUGUACUGUAGGGGCCUUUACCUUGGCAUAGCGGGUAAAGCCUCUGCCUACAGUGCCAGCAUCCCAUAUGGGCGCCAGUUCAAGUCCCAGCUGCUCCACUUCCGAUCCAGCUCUCUGCUAUGGCCUAGGAAAGCAGUGGAAGAUGGCCCAAGUGCUUGGCCCCCUGCACCUGCAUGAGAUUCCUGGACAAAGCUCCUGGCCCUUGGCUUUAGCUCAGCACAGCUCCAGCAGUUGCGGCCAUCUGGACAGUGAACCAGCGGAGGGAAAAUCUCUCUCUCUCUCUCUGCCUCUCCUCUCUCUGUAUAACUCUGACUUUCAAAUAAAUAAUAAAUAAAUCUUUAGAAAAAGUGUAUGCUAUAAA